UGUGAUGCAUAGAGGUGAUAAGUAAAUUUUUGAAUCUGAAAACGCACGGCGGCGGCAUUUGUAGACGAACAAAGGCAGGCCAGAAAUAGAUUUUCUCGAUUUCUUUCCUCAGCAUCCUAUUCUAUAUGAACCCAAAAGACCUUUUUGAAUUCUGAAAGCAAUUCCACCUUUUCAUUUCCGACAAUUUGGAAGCUUUAUAUCAGAUGGUUCUAUUUCUGGGCACAGUUCGCCCUUCUCCUUCUCUAUCCUGUUUUGCCCUUUACAGACGCCAAAUCUUGCGCAAAAGUUCUGCCAUUUCGGUUCCCAUAAAUGUGUUCUCUCCCUUCAGACGAAUCUUUCAGGCUUCGCUUCAAACUAAUUCUACAAAUGAGGAUGCUGGAUUUCAGUUACCUGCCAACCAAUCAGAAAUCAUAUUUAUGGGGACAGGAACCAGUGAAGGGGUUCCACGUGUGAGCUGCCUGACAAAUCCUGUAAAGUUAUGUCCGGUUUGCUCAAAAGCUGUGGAACCAGGUAAUAAAAAUAGAAGACUCAACACAAGCAUCCUUAUUCGUUAUCCUGGGGCCUCUGGAAGAUGUAACAUUCUCAUAGAUGCUGGAAAGUUCUUCUAUCACAGUGCCCUCCGAUGGUUUCCUACAUUUGGGAUAAGAACACUUGACGCUGUUAUUGUUACUCAUUCUCAUGCUGAUGCAAUAGGAGGCCUUGAUGAUCUUCGUGAUUGGACAAACAAUGUCCAGCCCCACAUUCCAAUUUAUGUGGCCCAGCGCGAUUUUGAGGUGAUGAAGAAGACACAUUAUUACUUGGUGGAUCCAAGUGUCAUUUUACCCGGUGCUGCAGUCUCAGAAUUGCAAUUCAAUAUCAUACAUGAGGAGCCAUUUGUUGUCCAUGAUCUAAAGUUUACCCCUUUACCAGUAUGGCAUGGUCGUGAUUAUCGUUCCCUUGGAUUUCGUUUCGGUAACAUUUGUUACAUUAGUGAUGUUAGCGGGAUACCUAAAGAAACUUAUCCACUUUUGAAGGACUGUGAAAUCCUGAUUCUGGAUGCUUUAAGGCCAGAUCGGUCUUCUUCAACACAUUUCGGACUUCCAAGGGCUUUGGAGGAGGUACGGAAAAUCCAACCAAAGAGAACACUUUUCACUGGUAUGAUGCAUUUGAUGGAUCAUGAAAAAGUGAACGAUUAUCUUAAGAAACUGAUGGAGACAGAGGGUCUUGAUGUACAACUGAGCUAUGAUGGACUCCGCAUACCAGUAACGCUCUAGCCUCUUCCCUUUAGACUGGCCUCUAUUCUACAUGGCCUAUUUUUUUCCCUUGAUAAAACCAAGCUUUGAAUUUCAUAAUUCAUUUGAUCUUUAUUGAGAUCAUGUAGCAUCCGUAUGGAAUUAGUAUCCGCGUUUUAGCUCUUGCGCAGUUUGCUUCCGAUGUACUUCAUGAUUUGUUAAGAUGGCAAUCAUUUGAAUCUGAAUAAAACCAUUCAUC